AUGGACCAUGAGACUUCCGGAGCCCUAGAAUGGAAUCUUGUGGGCUAUGGACGAGCAGCAGCAAAGAAAAAAGCCGUGGCUUCGGAUACCCAGGCACAAGCUUCCCAGUUAUCCCAGGCGCCUCAAGCAUCGCAGAAGCCGCAGACUUCGCAGAUAUCGAGGGCUCAAGCGCCUCAAGCGCCUCAAGCAUCGCGGGGACCACAGCCGCAGACACCGCAUUUACAGACUCGCAGAGCUAUGCAGUCAGGGCCUCAGCAACGGCCUCAGCCUACAGCUCAAAAAGUCACAGGUCCUCCUUCACGAGCUGUUGCCGUCAAUCGAGAAACUUCGAAUGGGAGGGCCCGAGGAUUUCCGAGGGGUAGGGCAGCAAAUCCCAGAGCAGCUGUUUCCGGCCAGCCAAAUAAUCCACUUGGGUACUCCCCUGCAAAGCUGAAGUUUAGUAAUGGACUAAAGCCGGACGGCGUGGUAGACCUGUCUGCUCCUUUCGGGACGAUCAAGCAUGACUUUUUCGGCGCAGCAAGAUCGGGAAGUCUUGGAAGACAUGGUGCCGCAGGACACAAUCGCACUGGGGUUUUCGAAGAUAUAAGCAAGCGAAGCGGUGCUUUUGUUAAGAUGCCAGUAUACGAGGACCGGGUCAUCAAGAUUUGGGGCGAGCCGAUCCAAGUCGCUGCAGCUGAAGGGCAACUCAAGAGUAUUCUUUCCAAAUGCAGCAGCCUUAACAAGCCCAAGGCUACGGCCCACUUCGCGAAGGUAAAAGCCUACUCUGAAAAGAAAGAGGCAAAUGUCGAAUCAAAGGAGAGAGGUGAAGGCAUGUUGUUUGAACUUCGAAGACAACCUGCGCCAAUCAGCACCUUUCCGGAGCCCCUGCUCUUUCUAUGGCCAGAGGACGGACCAUCCCUGAACGAAUGCUUCGGCCCCGACCUAGAAUCUCUCGAUCCAAUCCGAAUCAAAUAUAGUUGCUACCUCUUCGUCCCCAAAGAGCUGCCGGGAUUCAUAUGCGCUCUUGGUGAGAACCAUGAUGGCAAGAAACAAAUCGCGAAAAGCAUUAGAAUUCUGUGGGCCGAGGCGGCAGCCAAGAGCAACAUCAAAACGAAGAUUUAUCUCGUUGAGCCGCCGGAGCCGAAUGCUAUGAAGAGAGAGAUCGUAGUCAAGAAACAGAACCACAAUCAACUGCACAAUCCCGUCCUCCAGGGAGCCCGACUGAAGGGUCGCACUUUGCAAGAAUGGCAGGGUCGAAUCAGUUCGGUGCAGUCCAAGAACAACACGCGUCUUCUAACUGCUGUUGAGAGUUGCUUGAAGGGUCUCUCUUUUGUUCGUGGACAUCUGCGGAUGCGUGUUAAUCUCGGUACCUUUGUGCUCGAGACUUACCAGAAGCCCGAAGACGACAAGUCUUGGUAUGCAUUUGAAGAGUUCCGUGGGAUGAUCUUGCAUGAACAGACCCAAGGUCGGCUGAUUCCGGGACUUAAAAUUGGUCAAACUGAACUGCUAGAAAGGUGUUUCAAGGCGCGAGAAUUACUCGAACCGCUCGACAAGAAGUCAACUUCUUUAGAAGAUGCCGAGCUUGCGUAUUCUGCGAACUUCGAGUUCGUCGGCGCAGACAAAUCUAUGCUUCGACUAGAGGCAGAGUUCGCAAAAAGCCCCUUAGCACGAGAGUACGAAAUCAAGGAACGCCGCUGGCUUAGGCCUCGCACUGAUGGUCAAACACGAGAUAAGCGGCCUCCUCUGCACGCUGCUGUCAUUGACUUCGAACGGUCAGACUGGCAGCUUGAGAUAAAAGCACUCGAGUUCCACGAAGCGGCAUCGAUCAAUUCAGCCCUCAAGGCAUUCUCAUACGACAUCAGCUUCCAACACACAGAGAACGUGGGUGAUAUUCGGGCGAAGGCGGAAAAGAAAGUCAAGUUUCCCCGAAGUCCUCCAGUGGCCAGAUACGUUGAGAAGUCCGCAGUCCGCUACCGGAUCAAAGGCACAAACUAUAUCUUCGAAAUUGCUCGGUAUGAUGAGUAUAGACGUGAAGGAGUGCCGACCAUCUAUACCGGAGGCGAAAUGCUUGGAAGCAUGUCAGCCACUCCUUAUACAUCUUGGGGUGCAUCGGUCUUUGACCCGAACUGGGACAACCUGCUCGGCGGCCAUGCAAACCUAGGUAUCGGGCAAACUGCCAAGUACAACCCGAAUCUAGCCACUUUCUUUCCGUCCAUAGAGCCUUCGCCUAAACCCGAAGAUCAGGCCAAAGGCUUCUGGGAGUUUAUCGGCAUAGUCAAACAAGCAGCAGGGCUGUUAGGUCCUACACGCACCUCCACAGACCCCGAAGUAGAUGCCGCGUCUGAAGCCGAGUCACUUUCGAAGAAGGCCGACCGCCCCUUGGAAAGCACUUCGGCUUCUCCCACAGCGCCUGCAGCAGGCCCUGUGCCGAGUCCCCGUAUGCUGAAUGCGGAUCUUGGCACUUUGUUCUGA